GAUAUGGCUGGUCAUCUGUUUUUGGUCAUCCUCCUUUUCGAUACCUUCCAAUACAUCGAAGCCAAAGGUCAUUACCAAGAUCCAAAACCAGACAUUACAGUAAAUGUUAAUGGGGACUUCUACGUCAUCUGUUUGAUUUCUGGAUCUGUGAGUCCUGACACCACCUGUAACCUGUAUGUUGGAGAGGAGAGUCAGCCAUCCUUCACAGCAAAGAUCUGGAAAGAAAAAACCAAAGCUUCCAAUCAGUGGUUCUGUACAUUCAUUGUAACUGAGAGUGAUCUGGUCAGUCGUCUUCAGUCAGUGAGGCGUAAGGAGGUGAGCUGUGACUACAGAGUGAGCUCAGGACCUAACUCUCUCUCUCCACGCAGUGAUGGGAAAAGCUUUGAGGAUCUGGUGGGAGUUCACAUUAGUGAUCCAACAACUAUACCCUUUCCAGCAGGUUCGACUGUUACUUCUACUUUGACCCCUGGCAUCACAGUGAGACCAACUACAAGUUUGACCUCUCCUUUGACCCCCAGUACAGCAGUGAAUCCUACAUCAGGAGGUCAAAGCUCCACAGAAAGCGUUCUGGCAGGUUCGACUGUUACUUCUUCUUUGACCCCUGACAUCACAGUGAGACCAACUACUGUGCAGUUAUGGCAGGCAGCAGUGGGGAUGGCUUCUGGAGUGGGUGUGUUCCUGAUGGGAUUGACAGCUGUCUGUCUCUGCAGGAGGACCAAGAAAAACCAUUCUCAGAGACCUACAGCCAGACAGGAUGAUCACAGCCAAUAUGAUUUGGGGAUGGGAGCUGUGAGCAGUGCAGGCAUGUUGGAUUCAGGGGAUGCUGGGAUCUAUUCUCUCAACACCUUUGUACCGUCCACGUUUUUGCCCUCAGGCCCUGUUGAAGAGAAUGGAAAGUAUUCUGCAAACGACAAUCCUGAUGCGUACCACGUAUACAGCUCAAUCCCCGACAGACCAGCAACUUCAGCCCAGCCGGAUGGGUUGUACAGUCUUCUGCAGGCACACUGAAACCACACCACUGGCUUUCUAUAGCUAUGUCUCACAGAAAUACUCUUCUCUGCAGGAUGUCCUUUAUUUAUCAUACAACAUGGUACUGUGAAUAAGUAUCUAAUACAUCUACUGUUGGGCCGUUUCUAGUCAUAAAAGACAUAAGCGGCCACCAUCACAUUGCAAAAUGUGUAGAACUGCUGGAAAUAAGCUUUAAAACGGAAUUUCUUUCUUUCAACCCCAUGGCAUAGUGUGUAGAAUUGCAGGAAAUUAGCUUUAUAACUGCAAUGUUCUCUCCGCCCGUGAGAAAAUGAGUAGAGUAGGGGGACACUAAAAUGUUUUCCCCGCGAGGUGUGCAAAUCUCGGUUGGGCCCCCAAAAUGCUAGAAACUGCCCUAAUCUACUGUAUUACACAUGGACACCUGGCUUCUGUUACAUGCCUUUCCAUAAUAUUGGUUACUGUGUUAGUAUUUUUAUUUGGGGGUGUUGGAGGGGUCCCCCCCACUAAAUGCUAAAUAUAUACUGUAUUUAUAUCUAUUCUGUCAUCUGUGUGAUACCUACCUCCUUCCAUAACGGUUGGAUACAAUUUAUUAAGUAAAAUGCAUUUGAAAUCAAAAUAGAUCAAAAUCUAAAUAUAAUAUUUCAGUUUUAAAAAUGUUUACAUUCUUGGCAAUAUCAGAUCAUCAAAACUGAUAAAAAUAGAUUUCCUAAAUGCUAUUAAAAUCUCCCCAUUUCCCCAUGUUAUUUUCGAAGUUCCCAGUUUAACUUCAACUUUCUCAGCACUUCAGUCUCCCUUUCAAUGUGCAGUGUUGUAAACACAUUCUAGCUUUUAGUCUAACUACAGAGCAGUUAAGUUGUAAAUGGUGUGAGACCAUAACUUUGAUGACAAUUUUUUUCUCUAGUUAAAAUUUGAGAUUAGCCUCGUUUGACCAUCCUGAUCUCCUGAGUCCCCUGUAGCUCAGUUG